AUGCAGGCUACGUACCCGCCUUCGGCGACGUCCGCGUCGUCGCUCCUGCUGCUCGCAUCCGACGAGGGCCCUUCCACCCGCCGCCGCGCCGCGCGUGAGCUCUGCCAUCGCGUCGGAUCCACGCCGGCGGCGCGUGCGGCGCUGCUCGAGCACCUCGGUGACGGUGGCGAGGAGGAGGAGGAGAGCGAUGAGAGGCUGGCGGGCCCUCCGCUCGUGCUCGAUCCGGACUAUCGAGCGGCUGCUGUUGAGACGCCGCUGCUUGCGGCGCCGGCGUGGGGCUCGGGAGCGCUCGUCGAGACCGAGCACGCACGGCGCUGCCUCCGGCUCCUCUCGCUCUCUCUUGAGCUGCGGAGGCCGGUGCUGCUCUCCGGACCGCCGGGCGCCGGGAAGAGCACGCUGCUCUCCGCCUUGGCGCUCGCCGCGGGCCAGCACGACAAGAUGGUGACCGUCCACCUCGACGAGCAGGUCGACUCCCGCUCGCUGCUCGGCGCGUACGUGUGCGGCUCGACGCCCGGUGAGUUUGUGUGGCAGCCGGGUGUGGUGGCGCAGGCGGCGGUGCACGGGCGCUGGCUGCUGCUCGAGGACGUGGACCGCGCGCCGCUCGAGGUCAUGUCCGCCCUCGCACCCCUCCUCGAGCGCGGCGUCCUUUUCGUCCCCGGGCGCGGCACGUCGCACAGCGCCGCGCAGGGCUUUCGCCUGUUUGGCACAGUCACCAGCACCGGAGCUUCGCUGGCGGAGGCGGCCGAGGCGGAGCUGGCGUCGGCGCGGCUGUCGCUGAGCGGCGGCCGCGCCUUCUCGUCGCGAGAGCUGUUUCGGCCCGAGCUCAGCCUUUCCGACGGCGUCCUCGCCAUCGAGCGGGUCGCUGCUAGCGUGGCGCUCGGCGAGCCGCUGCUUCUGGUCGGCGAGACGGGGACCGGCAAGACGACCGUCGUGCAGCAGCUCGCGUCGAUGCUCGGCCAGAAGCUGCUGGUGCACAACCUCUCGCAACAGAGCGACGCGUCGGAGCUGGUUGGGGGGUACCGGCCCGUGCAGCCGCGCCACGUGUACGCGCCCUUCGCCGCGCGCUUCGAGGACCUCUUCUGCCGCACCUUUUCGCGCUCCAAGAACGGGCCCUUCCUCUCCAAGCUGGCGCAGCGGCUCGCCAAGGGCGAGUGGGCGAGGCUGGUGGCGAUGGCGGUUGGAGCCUGCAACUCUCACGCGGCGGCGCGGGCCAAGGAGCGCUGCGGCGGCGUCGGCGGCGCCGCGUUUGCGUUCGUCGAGGGCGCGCUGGUUCAGGCCGUCCGCGAGGGGCAUUGGCUGCUGCUGGACGAGGUUAACCUAGCGGCACCGGAGACGCUGCAGCGCGUCGCGGGCUUGCUCGAGGCGGGCGGCUCGCUCGCCCUCACCGAGAAGGGCGAGGCCGACGCUGUACCGCGCCACCCAAACUUCCGCCUCUUCGCCGCGAUGAACCCACCGACCGACUUUGGCAAGAAGGAGCUGCCCGCCGGCAUCCGCUCGCGGCUGACCGAGCUAUACGUGCCACGCCUUUCCUCGCCCGAGGACCUGUCGCUGAUCGUGAUUGCCUACCUCGGCCCGCUGCUGCCCUCGCCUCCCGUCGGCCCAAUCGUCGCCUUCUACCAAGCCGCCCUCGACGCAGCCGCCACAACGCUGCUCGACGGCGCCGACCAGCGGCCAGAGUACUCCCUGCGCACCCUCUGCCGCGCGCUGAGCUACGUGCGCGCCGCCGUGCCGCUCGGGUACGGCUUGCACCGCUGCUUGUACGACGGGUUCCACAUCACCUUCGUCGCGCAGCUGCAGGCGCGCUUCCAGCCGCAGGUCGAGGCGCUGCUACUUCGCCAUCUGAUGCCUCCGAAGCCAAACAAGCCGCCCCGCCCGCCGCCAGCGAGGGCGCCUGCCCGGCCUUCGGGCGACGGCUGGGUCGAGAUCGGCGGCUUCUGGCUGCAGACGGACCCUCGGCACACCGCGUCGGCCGAGGACCCGCGCUUCAUCGUCACCCCCUCGAUCGAGGCGCGCUUCCGCCAGCUAGCGCGCAUGGUGGCGGCGGGCCGGUACCCGGUCCUGCUGCAGGGGCCGACCUCGGCCGGAAAGACGUCCGUGAUCGAGCGGCUCGCCGCGGCGACGGGGCACGUCCUGCUGCGAAUCAACAACCACGAGCACACCGACGUGCAAGAGUAUCUUGUCUUCCGCGACGGCGCGCUCACCACGGCAGUGCGGCACGGCCACUGGGUCGUGCUCGACGAGCUCAACCUGGCGCAAUCGGAGGUUCUGGAGGCGCUGAACCGGCUGCUCGACGACAACCGCGAGCUGCACAUCCCCGAGACGGGCGAGACGCUCACACCGCACGCGCACUUCAUGCUCUUCGCGACGCAGAACCCGCCCGGCGCCUACGGAGGCCGGAAGGUCCUCUCGCGCGCGUUCCGCAACCGGUUCCUCGAGAUGCAGACCGACGAGAUCCCUGCGGGCGAGUUGACGACCAUCCUCGAGCGGCGGUGCGCCAUCCCCGCCUCCUUCGCCGCAAAGAUGGUAUCGGCGGGCUUCAUCACGCCGCGCGACCUCUUUCGCUGGGCCGAGCGGCGGCCGGGCACGUACCAGGAGCUGGCCGAGGCGGGCUACGCGUUGCUCGCCGAGCGGCUCCGCUCGACGCCCGAGCGGGAGCUCUGCGCCGAGACACUCUACGAGCGGCUGCUUUGCGGCGCGCCAGGUGGCCCGCCGACCGCCGGGCCGCACGAAGGCGGUACGGUCUGGCUGCCGUCGACCCGCCGGCUCUACGCACUCGUCGCCGCUUGCAUGGCCUCCUCCGAGCCGGUCCUGCUCGUCGGGGACACGGGGACGGGCAAGACGACCGUCUGCCAGCUGUAUGCGCAGGCGGCGGCGCAGGCCCUCCACAUCAUCAACUGCCACCAGCACACCGAGGCGGCAGACUUUGUGGGCGGGCUGCGGCCGACGCGCGGCCGCACUCUGCAGCUCGCGGCGCUUCGGGGGCGGGAGGAGGACGAGGCGGCGCUCGCGGGCAGACUCGGCGAGCGCGCCGAGGAGCUGCGGGCUGCGCUACACGAGGCCGAAGCGCUGGCCGACGAGCUGCGCGCGGCGGCCGCGCUGUUUGUGUGGGUUGACGGGCCUCUCGUGACGGCGAUGCGCCGCGGCGACCUCCUCCUCAUCGACGAGAUCUCGCUGGCCGAGGAUGCGGUGCUCGAGAGGCUCAACUCGGUGCUGGACCUGAGCCGCACUCUGACAGUGCCGGAGAAGGGCGAGCGGCAGCUCGAGACGAUCGUCGCGCACCCAUCCUUCCGGCUCCUCGCCACCAUGAACCCCGGUGGUGACUUUGGGAAGAAGGAGCUCUCGCCGGCGCUGCGCAACCGCUUCACCGAGGUGUGGGUGCCUGCGGUCACCGCGCGCGAGGAGCUGCUCUCGCUGCUCUCGCGGACGCUCAGCGCGGCCGACGCGCCGAUGGAGGAGGCGGACGCCACCGCCGCCUGGGACGCGGGCGACGCGGCGGAGGCGAUGCUCCUCUUUGCGUGGGCCGGCUUCGUGCGCGAGACGCAGCCGCGGCUCGGCUGGCCGGCCGCCUACGUGCACGGCGCCUGCCUCACCUUCGUCGACGCGAUGGGGCUGCAGCGCCGCGCCGAUCUGUACGUCGGCACCGACACCUUCCCCGCCUUCGCGGCCGGCGCGGCGCCGUCGCCCACAGCCUCGCCCAACGGCGGCACGACGCAGUUCGGGCUCGACCCGUUCUUCCUGCGCAAGCCCGUCCUUCUCGAGGGCUCGCCUGGCGUCGGCAAGACCUCGCUGGUGCAGGCGCUCGGCGCGGCGUGCGGUCACGCCGUCGUGCGCAUCAACCUGUCGGAGCAGACGGACCUGAUGGACUUGCUCGGCUCGGACUUGCCGGUCGAGGGCGCGCCGCCGGGGACGUACGCCUGGCAAGACGGGCCAUUCCUGGCCGCGCUGCGGUCCGGGCACUGGGCCAUCCUCGACGCGCGCAUGCGGGGACGCGCCGUGCUCGAGGGGCUAAACUCGUGCCUCGACCACCGCGCGACCGUCUACGUGCCCGAGCUCGCCGCCUCCUUCGAGUGCCCGCCCUCGUUCCGCGUGUUUGGAUGCCAGAACCCGCUGCAGCAGGGCGGCGGCCGCAAGGGGCUGCCAAAAUCGUUCCUCAACCGCUUCACGCAGGUGUGGAUGGAGGAACUCGACACGGCGGACAUGCGCGCCAUCGCCGGCUCGCUCUUCGCCGCGCUGGGCGCGCCCCUCCUCGAGCAGCUCGUCGGCUUCGUGCGCGCGCUGCAGGCGGCGCUCGCGAGGCGCGAGUUUGGCGCCGCGGGGGGGCCGUGGGACUUCAACUUGCGCGACGUGUUCCGCUGGUGCGAGCUGAUGCUCGCCGAGCAGGCGCCAGCGCGCUUCCGCUCGGAGUCCGACCGCAAGGCGGCGCUCCGCCUCUAUCGCGAGUCGAUGGGCGGCUGCGACGCCGCUCAGCUGCCGCCGCUGCAGCCGCACUUCGCUGUCUCCUCGCGGUGGGUUCAGGCGCUGAUCCUCGGCGUGCGGAUGGGCUGGAUGUGCGUGGUCAGCGGCGAGGGCGGGGCGGGCAAGUCGUCCUCGCUGCGCCUGCUCGCGCAGCUGUCGGGAGCGCGGCUCGAGGAGACGGUUCUCUCCACGGCGACCGACACCACCGAGCUGCUUGGCUGCUUCGAGCAGACCGAGCUCUCGCGGCUUCAGCUCGAGACGCUGCAGGAGGCGGACGAGCUGGGCCGCAGCCUGAUCAGCCAACUGGCCGUGGUCGGUGUCUCGGAAGCGUCGGGCGUCGCGCCGCUUGAGCUGGCAGCGGCGCUGCAGGGCGCGCUCGAGACGCUCGCCGCUGACGGCGCCGAGGAGCGUGCCGUGGGGGGGCCUUCACCGCCAGCCGAGUGGAAUGAGGCCUUUGAGAGGCGCGCCGUCGAGGCGACCAGCCUGCUGGACUCGGCCAGCGGCGGCAAGGGCCGGUUCACGUGGGUUGACGGGCCGCUGGUUCGAGCAAUGGAGGGCGGCCACUGGCUGGUCCUCGACAAUGCAAACUUGGCAAACCCGUCGGUGCUCGACCGGCUCAACCCGCUCUUCGAGCGCGGCGGCCGGCUGCUGCUGCCCGAGUGCGGCCUCAAGGCGGGCGGGGUCGUCCGCGAGGUGGCGCCGCGCCCCGGCUUCCGCCUCUUCCUUUGCGUCAGCCCUGCCGCCGGCGAGCUCUCGCGAGCGAUGCGUAACCGCGGCUUGGAGGGCGGCGGAGCCGGGCUCGCGCUCCUCGGCGCCCUUCGCCUCGACCGCGCGUCCUCCCCCGCCCGUCCAGCGUGGCCGGUUGGCGUAUCGAGCGCUGGGUUUGCGGACGAGCCAGAGGCGUGCACCGUUCGGGGGCAAGCCGCACUCGCCGUCCAGCUCGCUGCGUUGGUUCGCGCCGGCGUCGGGUGUCGCCGCGAGGGUUUCGAGUGCCGGCCGGCGGAGCUGCUGCGGCCCGCGCUGCUCGAGUUUGUUCUCCGCGCGAGCGAGCGCGACGCGCGGCGGCGGCGGGCGCUGCUGGUCGGGCUGGCGGAGCGGGCGGGCGCAGAGGCGGAGGACGAGCUUCCCCUCGCCGUGGCGCUGCUCGACGGGCUCCGCUCCUCGCCGCUGGCUCGGGCGGCGGGGUGCGCGCUCCGCGAGGCGUGCGCUGCCAGCGCGCCGCUCCUCCUUGACUUGUGCUCCGAUUCGCCUUGCGACCUGCAGCGCUUCAACCCGCCCCUCUUUGAUCUCGUCCGCCGGCACGCCGCGCCGCACGCAGCGCCCGACGCGGCCGAGGAGGAGGCGGCGGCCGAGGGCGAGGGGAGAGCCGAGGCGGCUCGAGGGACGGCGUCGGAGGCCGCGGCGAGCCCCAGCGCCUCGUCAGAGCCGGCGGACUCCCCUUGCGCGGAAGCGUGGCGGCGGUACGUCGCGCUGCUCCCGCCGCUGCGCCUGGCGUGUGAGCUCGAGUGGGGAGGGUUGCUCGACACGGCGCGGCUCGCAAGGGCGGCGGACGCGGCGUCGGCCGCGUGCGACGCGCUCAGCGCAGCGGUCGGCUACGAGUCCUCGCGGCUGGCGCCGCUGCUUUGGAAGCGCGGAGGCCACCCGCAAGCGGCGCCGUCGGCCGCGCUGCUGGCGGCGUACACGCAGCUGCUCGAGGAGAGGCGGCUCGUCGAGAUCCCGAGCGCCGUGCGCGCCACGCUGCAAGCGGGCCGCCUCGCGCCGGAGCGGGGCGGAGGCCGCCUCGCGCCGCUGGUCGAUGCGCGCAGCGCGCGGCACGAGGCCGACCUCCUGGCGCGCCUUGCUAGCCUCUCGUGGCGGCAACAGUCCGAGGGAGACAAGACAGCCGACGGAGUCGAGGCGGCCGGCGCGCCCUCCAGCGCCACCCGUGCGGAGGCCGCCGAGGUCGCGGCGCUCGCCGCCUCCCUUGUCGACCUCGUCGCCGACCAUUGCGGCCGGAGCGCGCUCGACGCGGCGCCGGCCCAGUCGUUGCUCUGGCGGCUGCAGGCGCCGCCGACUGCCGAGGCUGGCCGCGCCCCGCCUCUGGGCGGCAUCGCGCAGCAGGCGGGCCGCCGGAGGGUCGAGGGCGAGCUGCUCUCUUUGUGCAGCAACGCGCGCGGCGCGCUUGGCUCGCUGCUGGGCGCGCUGUACUCGACUCUGGAGCGCUGCGACGAGGCGCCGCUGCGGUCGUGCCUCGAAACCCUCGUCAAGCCGUGCUUGCUCGCGCUGCACGGGGCGGUCGACGCGAUGGCCGCCGCGCUGCAAGCCGGCGGGCCGGUCCCGCCGCGCCACUCUUCGCGCGGCCGACUGUGGGUCCACCUCGGGCUCCUGCGCUGGCGGCUGCUCCUCCCGCCCCACCCGGUGGACCCGGCCGCUAAGCACCUCCUCAGGGCGCAGCUCGGCCGCGCGGAGCUGCGCGAGGCGCGGCUGAGCCGCCUUGCCGCGGCGCUCGCGCAAGAGGCGCGCAACGGCGCCACGUGCACGCCUCGCAGUGCGCGGCUAGUCGAGGCCGAGCGAACGAUCGCGUACGUCGGCUUCGAGGACGUGGUCUGCCCGCUCCAGCUGGCGCUCUACGAGGUCAAGCACGGCCUUCGGCUGCAGGCGAUGGCGGCGUCCCCCACGGUGGUGGCAGCGCAGGACGGCACCGCCGCCACCGACGUCGCGCGGCACGCGUACGCGCUGGUCACCUCGCUGCUGCGCUUCCCCGCCGCCGACCGCGACGGCCCCGACGGGCGGCUGCCGCGGCUGGAGCCGCUGCUGCUACCGCUCCCCUCCGAGCCCCAAUCGCGCGGCAGCCGGCUCUCCACCCACACGGCGAUGCUCGUGCUCGCCUUGCGGCGGCUGUACGUCGACGUGCUCGUCGACGGCCGCGCGGGCGGCGGCCACUUGCGCGCCGUCAACCGCAUCGUCGGGUCGCUGGUCAAGGCGCACGCGCGCGAGCACGGCGCGGCCGCCACCGACGGGCAGGCGGAGGAGGCGGCCGCGCUGCGCGCGCUCUUCCCCGACUUUCGCGACGCCUUUGCCGAUCUCGAGGCGGCGGCGGCGGAGCGGGACGGCGGCGGCCUGCCCAUGGACGUGGACGACGACACUGAGGAGGGCGGCACGGAGGAGGAGGAGGCGGAGGGCGAGGCGCUCGGCGCGCUGCGAGAGGCGCACUCGCUGGCGGCGGCCAGGCUGCUGCCGGACCUCACCGCCGCGAGGCGCUGCUGCCGAGCGCCGUCGACGACGAGACGCGCGCGGCGAGUCUCGCGGCUGCGCGGCGGUCGCGCGCCCACCUCGCACGGCGGCUUGCGCGCGGAGGCCGACGCGCCGCGUGACGUGUUUGGCGGAGAGAGCUUGGCCGAGACGACGCGGCUGGAGCCGCUCGUGCGGUCCCUGGUCGACCGCACGGCGGCGCUGCUGGAGGCGUGGCCGGGGCACCCCGCCCUCGUCGCGAUCUCGACGCUGUGUGAGCGGCUGCACUCGUUCCGCGCGGACUCGCCGCUGAUGCAGUUCCUCACCGGCUGCGAGCUGCUGCUCAAGCGCUGCUGGGAGUGGGAGGGGGUCGCGUGCCGCGAGACGUCGAUCAAGCCGCAGAUCGACGCCCUCGCCGCCCUCGUCCUCCGGUGGCGCAGGAUGGAGGUGGAGGCGUGGCCCGCGCUGCUCCGGCGCGCCGCCGAGCGCGCGCACGACGCGGCGCUCCUCAAGAUCUGGGCGCGCCUCUUCCACACCUUCCAGCGGCUGCUGCUCACGGCCGAGGCGGGCGCCUUCGACGCGUACCUCUGGCUGAUGCGCACCUUUGCGCGCCAGCUCGAGGUGGAGGUGCGCGCCGGCGUGCGGCAGGGGAUGGGCGACCAGCGCUGGCGCUACGAGGGGUACGCGUCCAUCCUCCACAACCUCGUGAGCUACUACGGCCAGUUCUCCGAGCCGCUGCGCCGCGCCGUCGCCGACAAGCGCGCGCCGUGGAGCGACCGCAACUACGACGCCCUCCGGCAGUCGGUCGAGCGCUCCCACGCCUCGCUCUCGCGGGGCGUCCGGCUGGUGCAGGAGCUGCUCGAGACGCUGCUCUGUGCCGGGCUGGCGAUCGGGCCGGGCGCCCCGCGCGUGGAGGGGUCGUGGGCGGAGGCGUGCGCUUCAUCCCUGCGGGCGGGCGCAGGGGCGCCGCCGCUGUCGCAGGUGCCGCGGCUGCCCGCGCUCCGCGCGCGGAUGGCGAGCAUCUGCCGCGGCUCCAUUCUGAGCGCCGCCGCGGCGGCGGGCAGCGCGGAGCGGUGCGAGCGGGUCGACGCGCUGCGCUGCGACAUCGUCGCGCGUGCGGCGGAGCUCCGCCCGAUGGGCGGCAAGCGCGCGCGCAUGGCAAAGCACAAGGCGCUGGUCGACCUGCUCAAGCACCUCGCGGCGCUCGGCCUGUCCUUCGGCUCGGCCGCCGCCGACCCGCGGCAGCACGCGAUGGCCGACCUUUUCCAGGUGCGGGCGGCCCCGCUCGACCUCGCUCGCGCCGCGGGCCGCCAGUCGGGCUCGCUCGUCCUGCUCGGCGAGCGCUGGCGGCUGGCUUGGCGGCGCGGCGACGAGCUCUACUACCGCGCGCUGCUCAAGCUGACGCAGCUGAGGGAGGCGCGCAGGCGGCCUCACGAGGACCUGAGCGGGCGCGAGGUGCAAAAGGCGGCCGGCUUCGUCGAGCACGGGUUCGCGCUGCUGCUGCGCCAGCGCGAGGCGCUGCAGGCAGCGGCGCCUGGCGAGGCGCCUGGCCAGCCGCUGCUGGCGCCGCCGCGCCGCGCCACCUUCGUCCGCCGGGCGGCCGCACUCGGCGCGGCGCUCGUGGCCCAGUGCUUUGAGCACGCGGCCGUCUUCAAGGCCUUUGGAGCCGCGCUCGGCGGCGACGGCGCCGAAGUGCGCUCGGCCGGCGCGGCGAUGGAGCGCGCCGCGUGCGAGCUGCAGGCGAGCGCGAUCCCCGCCGAGCUCGCCGCGGAGCGCGAGGCGGGCGGCCUAAUCACCAGCGACGAUGUGGGCCGCGCGUCGGCGUUUGGAGCGACCGUCGCGGCGCUCUCGCGCGAGCUCGAGAGCUGCGCGCGCCGCCUGUCGGAGGAGGAGCGGGAGGUGGCCGCCCCCCUCCUCUCCGCGCUGGACGCGGCGGCGGGCUCGCUCGCCGCCGGCCCGGUCGCCGGUGUGGAGGAGGGGAGCGCCGCCGCGUCGAGCGAGCCGCUGGCGCGCGUCGCCGCGGCGGCGGAGGAGGCGGUGGCGCAAGCGCUGCUCGCCGCCGCGCGCGCGCCGCACGUCGUGGCCAAGGUGGAUGCGCUGCUCGACGCGCUGCGCGAGCUCGGUGCGAGCGGCGCCGACGCGCGGCACCUGCGCCUCGCGUCGCAGCUUGUUGAGCAGGCGCGCCCGCUGCUGUCGCUGCAUUUGGCGGCGGCGCGGUGGGCGCUGCACCAGACGCUCGGACUGCACGGCUCUCUGCUCCGGCUCGAGAUCGUCCUGCUCGGCACCUUCGGCAAGAAGGACGUGUCGGACCAGCUGCAGGAGGAGGGGCAGCUCGACGGCGACGACCUCGCGAGAUGA